UCAAUCAUCAUUUUUUUUAAUGUUAUUAAAAAAAUAGAAAUAAAAACAAAACAAAAAACAAAAUAUAAAAUAUAAAAAAUAAAAAAAAAGUAAAAGAAUUAAAGUUAAUUAUAAGUUAUGUAGCAAUUAAAAAACCUAAUCAUAUCGUGUCAUAUAUCCAGCGUUUCCUUACAUCAAUCAUCCACUCUCAUCUAUCUUCCCUUGUUUUCUCUUCCCCUCUUCCCCUCUCCCCUCUCUAUCAUCCCAAUAUUCCUUUUCUCAGACCGUCCAAAUUUUCCCCAGAAAAUCAAAACUUUCCCAGAAAACCCAAAACCCCUUAUCCUCAACCCAGAUCCAAAGAUCCCCUCCAAUCCUAACAUCACUUUCUUUCUUACCAAAAUUCAUAUUUGUUCCUUUUUUGGCCGUGAAUAUCUCAAGCGGUAGAUUCCUUUUCGACUUCAAAGUCCCAUCCAUUCUUUUCCCACGCUGAAUUUUUUUUUCCAUUUUACAUGAAAAUAAUUACGCAGCGAAGAAACCCUUUCUCCACAUUCUUGCCCUCAUCUCCUUUCCCGAGAAAAAUGCCUUUUUGAUGACCCCAAAAUUUUGUUCUGGCUCCACUGUUUAGUGGGUUUCCUUUAGAUUUUCAAAUCUUGUAUCAGUUUGGUGUGUACUAUACUAUAGGUUUAAGCAUUCUUUUUGCAAGCUUGAUAUGUAGAAUAAGAAUUUCUGGACAUUCCAUCCAUGCUGAAAUUUGGUGGAUCUGAGAUUGCAUAGAAACAAUUAACUCAGCAGUGGAUUAGGAGUUUGACUCGGAUUGUUGAUGAGCUAUUUGAGCAGUGGGAAACGAUUGGGAUCAUAGUUUAGAGUGGAUUGGGUUCUAAUUUAAGGAGGUGAAGUGGGGUUUUGGGCUUAUUGUGUAUUUGAUUGGGAAUUCAGAUCAUGGAGCAUGUUAUUGGUGGAAAGUUCAAGCUAGGACGUAAGAUCGGUAGCGGAUCCUUUGGAGAACUUUACUUGGGCAUUAAUGUACAAACUGGAGAGGAGGUGGCUGUCAAGCUGGUUAUCCAUGCUGGUGGAAGUAGUUGACAGAUAUUCAAGACAGUGGAGAAAUGGGAGGAGCUAGUGGAGAUGCUUUUUAUGAGUGUGCAUAGAAUUUUGUUUGGUUUAAGUUUACCGAAGGUUAAGAAACAAAUUGGGCCCCCCUUUGUGAUUGGCUUGAAAUUGAAGGAAUCCGUGAAGACGAAACACCCUCAGCUUCAUUAUGAGUCAAAGUUGUACAUGCUUCUUCAAGGAGGAACGGGUGUACCCCAUCUUAAAUGGUUUGGAGUUGAAGGUGAAUACAAUGUCAUGGUUAUUGACCUUCUUGGGCCAAGCCUAGAAGACCUGUUCAACUAUUGCAAUCGGAAGUUCUCUUUGAAGACAGUUUUGAUGCUUGCAGAUCAAUUAAUAAACAGAGUUGAGUACAUGCAUUCACGGGGAUUUCUUCACCGUGAUAUAAAGCCUGACAACUUUUUAAUGGGUCUGGGACGCAAAGCUAAUCAGGUAUAUAUCAUUGAUUAUGGCCUUGCAAAAAAGUAUAGAGAUCUUCAAACGCACAAGCACAUACCAUACAGGGAAAACAAGAAUCUGACAGGAACAGCUCGCUAUGCAAGUGUUAACACUCACCUUGGUGUUGAGCAAAGCAGAAGAGAUGAUCUUGAAUCUCUUGGUUAUGUGCUUAUGUAUUUUCUGAGGGGGAGCCUUCCCUGGCAGGGCUUGAAAGCAGGUACUAAAAAGCAGAAAUAUGACAAGAUCAGUGAAAAGAAGAUGCUUACUCCAAUUGAGGUUCUCUGCAAAUCAUAUCCAUCAGAAUUCACGUCAUACUUCCAUUACUGCCGAUCAUUACGCUUUGAAGAUAAACCAGAUUAUUCAUACCUGAAGAGGCUUUUCCGGGACCUUUUUAUUCGAGAAGGAUAUCAAUUUGACUAUGUAUUUGAUUGGACUAUAUUGAAGUAUCCGCAAAUUGGCUCCAGUUCUAGAUCACGACAGCCAAGUGCAAAACCAGCUUUAAACCCUGGACCAUCUGCAGAAAGAACAGAAAGGCCUUCAGCAGUGGCACAAGAUUUUCGAGAUAGAUUCUCAGGUGCAGUUGAGGCAUUUUCUAGAAGGAAUAGUUCUGGUCAUGGUUAUGGUGAUCACUCGAGACAUAGACUGACUGAUGAUGCUCCGUCGUCCAAAGAUGUGCAACCUGAUUCAGAAAGGGCUCGUAGUUCAUCUAGAAAUGGCAGUACCUCAAAGAGGCCUGUCAUAUCAAACAGCCGGCCAAGCUCCUCUGGUGAGCCUAGCGAAAAUAGGUCAAGCCGUCUAGUCUCAAGUAGUGGUCGCUUGUCCACCGCCCAAAGGAUUCAACCUGGGUAUGAUUCCAAAACAUCUUUCACCCGAACUGCAGCCGCAAGAGGCGGCCGUGAUGAUACGCUUCGGAGCUUUGAACUCCUUUCAAUUGGCACGGGAAAGAGGAAAUGAAGCCUGAUCCAUCUGAUAAAAUGCUUGUGUCAAGAUUCCUUUUGUAGUAUCUAUCAAAGAUGUCAGCACUAUAAUGGUUUUACAAGAGUUACUCUGUAUAUGUGUAUCCAUUGUUGGGUUCAUUCACAGUUGAAAAGCUCAAUGAAGUUUCACCUUAGAACUAUCCCUGUUUCACCAUCUUCAUGGAUUCUUGCCAUUCUGAUGCAUCGGAGACUCACCCAAGAAAGAGAUUUAACCAUCUCACUUCAGGGAGUUGUCUAUAUAUUUGAGAUACUGGUAGCUGUAAUAAGUACGUCUUUCAUGAUUUUUCUUCACCAGAAGAUAAUAACUUUGCUUAAAAUACGUGCCUUGAGCUGCUUCAUGUGCAUUAUUUUAUAA